AUGGACCAGGGUCUCUACGAGCGCUUCGUGUCGAUGCACCGCGAGAUCCUCUCGCACGCGUCGUCGCACAACACGUGCGGGUUCCUCUUCUGGCACCGGCAGUACCUCCUCGGCUUUGAAAACAUGCUGCGGUCGCUCAAGCCCGAGUUUGCGUGCCUCACGCUGCCGUACUACGACUUUGUCAACGACAACGUCAAGUCGCUCUCGGGCGAGUGCAAGGACAUUGCGAGCUGCUCGUCGAUCGUCAACGAGCUCGGGAGCGCGACGCCGUCCAUCUGGCCGCAUGUCUCGCUCAUCAACGGGUUCCCGGUGCCCGGUCGGUGCGACAAGGCCGCGCCGCUCAACCACUAUUGCCAGUGGCAAAACCCGAGCUCGAUCUUGUGCUCGCGCUGCGUGCCCCGGGGUCCGUACCACCUGACGCGCUUCCCGUGCUCGGUGACGCCGACCAACCUGCGCCGGAUUCUCUUCAAGAGCGCGAGCUUUGGCGACCUCAACCGCCGCCUCGAGUGGGGUCCGAGCCUCUUUAUGCACUUUCACUUGCUCGGCGCGCUCGCCAACCCGUGGGUCGGUCCCUCGGACCCGCUCUUCUUUGCGCUGCACGCCACCAUCGACGCGCUCCACACCAUGUACUACAACUGCCGCGUGCGUCCGCUCGAGCUCGACGACGCCGCCAAGCAGAGCAACCCGCUCGUCUUUGAAGGCUGCAAGAUCGGCGGCAUCUUUCCGAUCACCUCGACCUCCAACGUCAAGAUGAACGCCAUCACCAACGGUCUCUCGGUCGUCGACGUGCGGUCGCCGGCCCAGAUCACGUCGCCGUUCUUCAAGGACAUUCCCAACAAGAUGUACCAGCUCGCCGACACGACCGACCUCGGCGACAACAGCUACGAGUACGAGUUUACGGGACCGCUCCAGGUGCUCGCCGAGACGCCGUGCGCGGUCGUGCAGUCCGAGUCCAACAUCACCGAGAUCGCCGCGCCCAACAAGGCCACGGACGUCUACUUCAAGUGGCGCGCGGCCCUCGCGGCGCAGUGCACGCUCCAGGGCCUCUCGUCGCUCGAGUGCGAUAUUGAGAUCGAGAAGGUGCUCGUGCUCUACUACCACAACUGCGUCGGCGGCGGCGCCGUCGACCUCUCGGCGUCCUUCAAGCUCGAGUGGGGCAUCUCGGCGCUCACGGACCAAUUGGCGUCGCUCGAGGCGCUUUUGACGGGAAAGGCGUCGAUUGCGCUGGAAGCGUUUGGCAACAUCAACGAGCAGUUCUUCAAGUGCCGCGGUGACACGUACUAA